AUGGGCAACCCUUUAACAAACAUCAUAUCAACAGUCACUACUCCUUUCCGCGCCCAAGUUCGUCGAGCAUCCAGUAGCGUAGUACCCAAGCGUCAAGGCGACCAUCCCAACGGCAUCUCCAACGGAAACGGCUAUACCUACGUUAACGGCACCAACGGGAGCACUAACGGACACCUCAACGGUCACAUCAACGGUCAUACUAACGGCUAUACCACCAUGGACUCCGAACGCCGGCCGCUCCUCGGCAACGGAAACGCCAACGGCGGCCGCUGGACCACCGAGUCCGACUCCGACUUUUCGUGGUGCACCUUCUUCCUUGAUAACAAGAAAACCCCUGGAACCGAAGAUUCCAACCCCCUCAUCAAGUACCCUACCCGAGUAUGGAACGUCACCAAGGUCACUCUUCUGAGCUCCUGGAUCAACAUCCUUCUCGUCUUCGUACCCUUGGGCUUCAUCGCCGGUGAACGAAACUGGGGUGCACCAGCAGUAUUCACUCUCAACUUCUUCGCCAUCAUUCCUCUCGCCGCGGUUCUCUCCUUCGCUACUGAAGAGAUCGCUCACAGACUGGGAGAAACCCUCGGCGGCCUGGUCAACGCAACAUUUGGUAAUGCGGUGGAAUUAAUUGUCAGUAUCGUUGCCCUCCGCGCCGGCGAAAUCGAGGUCGUACAAGCCUCGAUGCUUGGCUCCAUCCUCUCUAACCUGCUUCUCGUCUUGGGAAUGUGCUUCCUCCUCGGCGGCAUCGUCAACAUGCGCGACUCCAACGGCGUCGGCACCGAACAGACUUUUGCGUCGGGAACCGCUCAGACCACCUGCUCCAUGAUGACCCUCGCGUCUGCGUCCCUGAUCAUCCCGGCAGCCCUCUACAACGUCCUCAACCACUCCGGAAACCAAGAGAAGCAAGACAGUAUCUUGAUUCUCUCGCGCGGUACCGCCGUCAUUCUCUUGAUCCUCUACUGCGCCUACCUCUUCUUUGUCCUGCGCACCCACAAGGAGUUGUUUGAGCCCGAGGCCCAAGCUGUGGGCGACGUUGUCACGGAACCCGAGGAGGAUCCCAUCCUCUCGCCCUGGUCCGCCGCUUUGGUCCUCAUCGCCACCACUGUCAUUAUUUCCUACGCGGCUGAUUACAUGGUCGCCUCAAUCGACGACAUCGCUGCCUCGGGCGCCAUCAGCAAGACGUUCAUUGGUCUUAUUCUUAUCCCGAUUGUUGGAAACGCGGCCGAGCAUGUGACGGCUUGUGUGGUGGCGGUCAAGAACAAGAUGGAUUUGGCCAUGGGUGUGGCGAUUGGAUCCAGCAUUCAGAUUGCCCUUUUGGUUACCCCGUCUUUGGUUCUGUUGGGUUGGGCCAUUGGACAGCCGAUGACGCUUCAUUUCGAGACCUUUGAGACGAUCGCGUUUGCCUUGUCGGUUAUGGUGGUUACGUACACGGUGCAGGAUGGAAAGUCCAAUUACUUGGAGGGUGCUAUGCUUAUGGGACUCUACAUCAUCAUCGCCCUUGCCUUCUGGGCCAGCCCGGCUGAUGCUCUUAACAAGCUUUCAGCCGCCAUCUUCUAA